AGACACCAUUCAAAGUAGUGACAGAGCAUAAAACAUAAAAAGGCAAUAAAGAAAUGGUUCCGGCAAAUCCAAAAACUUCAUCAUCAGAAAUAGAAGAAGAUGAAAUAAUAAGAAGUGGUUAUGAUCAUGAAGUUGGCAGAGGAACAUGGAAGCAGGCAGCUUUCCAUGUGGCCACCACCAUCGCCACGCCCGCCGCUUAUGCACCCCUUCCCUUUGCUCUUGCUUCUCUCGGUUGGCCUCUUGGAGUGAGUAGUUUGGUGAGUGGAACACUUGCAACUUGGUAUUCUAGUCUUCUAAUUGCUUCUCUUUGGAAAUGGGAUGGAAAGAAACAUGUCACCUAUCGGAGUUUAGCUAAAAGCAUUUUCGGAUUAUGGGGUUACUGGUCUAUAGCAAUUUUUCAACAGGUGGCUUCUUUGGGCAACAACAUCGCCAUUCAUAUUGCUGCUGGGAGCAGCCUCAAGGCAGUUUACAAGUUUUACUACAGUGAUGGAACUUUGACUUUGCAGCAUUUCAUUAUGUUCUUUGGUGCUUUCGAACUCUUCCUAUCUCAGCUCCCUGAUAUCCACUCCUUGAGAUGGGUCAACGCUUUGUCUACUUUCAGUACUGUUGGUUUUGCCGCUACAACUAUUGGUGUCACAAUAUAUAAUGGGAAAAAGAUUGAUAGAUCAUCAGUUAACUACAGUUUGCAGGGAAGUUCAUCUGCUAAAGCAUUAAAAGCCUUUAAUGCACUAGGCACGAUCGCCUUUUCGUUUGGAGAUGCAAUGCUUCCAGAAAUCCAGAAUACAGUAAGAGAACCUAUUAAGAAAAAUAUGUACAAAGGUGUAUCAGCAGCAUAUACCAUCAUAGUACUGAGUUAUUGGCAACUAGCCUUUUGGGGAUAUUGGGCUUUUGGAUCAGAAGUCCAGCCAUACAUUGUCUCUUCUUUAACAGAUCCAAAAUGGACUACUGUUAUGGCAAAUCUUUUUGCUGUGAUUCAAAUCUCUGGAUGCUUUCAAAUAUAUUGCAGGCCAACCUAUGCAUAUUUUGAAGAAACCCUUUUGAGUAAGAAAGCAACUAGUAAAAUUCAGCUAGAGAAAAGGCUAGUUAGACUAGCUUUAACAUCCAUUUACAUGGUGAUCAUAACCACCAUAGCUGCAGCAGUGCCUUUCUUUGGAGAAUUUGUGGCCAUAUGUGGUGCAAUUGGGUUCACUCCUCUUGACUUUGUUUUCCCAGCUCUGGCAUAUCUCAAAGUCAGAAGAGUGAGCCAAAACACUAGCAGAUUUCAACUUUGUCUCCAGCUUAUUAACUUUGCCAUUGUUGGUUGGUUCUCUGUGGUUGCUGUUCUUGGUUGCAUUGGCGCUAUAAGGUUCAUAGUUCUAGACAUCAGGACUUACCAAUUUUUUCAUGAUAUGUAAUCUGAUGUGAGGCUUUUGUUAGAUGUUCUUUUCAGCCAUACCUGAUGAGUUGUGUCAGAAUUUGGUAAUUGUGUGUAGUUGUUUUAAAGGCCAAGCUUUUAAGUAGAACAAGUGAACAAACACCCAUUCCAAUUGUAGUGUAUAAUGAUUUUAUUUUAAGUCUGUCAAAGCAACUUAGCAAAAGAUAAUUGCCAACCAAAUGCAAUUUGUUUUUAAGAAGUACCAAGUACAAUUCUCCUCUCAAAAUAAUGAUAAUAAUGUCAAUUGGUGAAAA